AAGGUCCACAGGGAAUCUCUUAAAAUUAUUUCUUUCCGCCGCUGGAGUAUCUUUCAUAUGGCAAUGUCAGCGUGGAUAUUACUGCUAACUGUGGGUGUGUCAGGACUGUCUUGGGGUCAGCGUUCUGAACCCAUGUUUGCCUCAAUAACUCACAGUAUUUUCCCCACGGACUACGAGAACAACCCCACACAGCUCAACUACGGCGUGGCUGUCACAGACGUGGAUGGAGAUGGAGAUCUGGAGAUGUUUGUAUCAGGCUACAAUGGCCCAAACCUGGUGCUUAAGUAUGACAAGGUUAAGAAGAGGCUUGUUAACAUUGCAGCUGACAACCGCAGUUCUCCAUACUAUCCACUCAGAGAUCGACAGGGCAAUGCUAUCGGGGUGACAGCAUGCGACAUCGAUGGUGAUGGCAGAGAGGAAAUUUACGUCCUCAACACUAAUAAUGCCUUCUCAGGGAGAGCAACAUAUACUGAUAAGCUCUUCAAGUUUCGUAAUGGGCGGUUUGAAGAUCUUCUGAGUGAUGAGAUAAAUGAACACAGGGAUGUUGCCAAUCGUGUGGCUGGACGAUCAGUGGCAUGUGUGGAUAGAAAGGGAACAGGUCGGUAUUCCAUCUACAUUGCCAAUUAUGCCAGCGGGACUGUAGGUCCACAUGCUCUGAUUGAAAUGGAUGAAAGUUCUAGUGACCCAUCCAGAGGAAUCAUCGCACUGUCAAACGUGGCCGAGCAAGCUGGAGUCAACAAGCUCACAGGGGGACGGGGGGUCGUGGUCGGCCCGAUUCUUAGUCAUACUCUACCUGAUAUAUUCUGCGACAAUGAGUACAGCCCGAACUUCCUGUUCCGCAACAACGGAGAUGGUACAUUUACGGAUGUGGCGGCGCAAGCAGGGGUCGAUGACCCGAUGCAGCAUGGCCGUGGAGUGGCGUUGGCAGAUUUUAAUAGGGAUGGGAAGACAGACAUCGUCUACGGAAACUGGAAUGGGCCGCAUCGUCUGUUCCUACAGCUCAGCAACAAUCGCAAGCAAAAGUUUAAGGACAUCGCCUCACAGAAGUUUUCCAUGCCAUCUCCAGUUCGCACAGUCAUCGCGGCUGACUUUGACAAUGACAAUGAAUUGGAGGUCUUUUUCAACAACAUUGCCUACAGAGGACCCUCAGCCAACAGACUGUUCAGAAUUUCUCGGAGAGAACAUGGAGAUCCACAGAUUGAGGAGCUGAACAUCGGGGAGGCCGCGGAACCAGAGGGACGUGGAACUGGAGCAGCAGUGACUGAUUUUGAUGGGGAUGGACAGCUGGAUCUGUUGGUGACACACGGGGAAAGUGCAGCUCAGCCCAUCUCUGUGUACAGAGUCACACAGGGUUCAUCUAAUAAAUGGCUGCGUGUGAUUCCACGCACUCAGUUUGGGGCUUUUGCCCGUGGGGCCAAGGUGAUAGUUUACACCAAAAGAAAUGGUCCCCACACACGCAUCAUAGAUGGAGGAUCAGGGUACUUGUGUGAAAUGGAGCCAGUGGCUCACUUUGGGCUAGGGAAAGAUGUGGCCACCAGUGUGGAAGUGUUCUGGUCAGAUGGACGUUCUGUGGCCAGGCCACUGGAACUCAGCGAUAUGAACAAAGUUAUGGAGAUUUAUUACCCUGAAAACGAGGAGGAGGUGACCCCAGCGGUAGAGAUCGAGUGUGGACCAGGAUUUGAAGUCAAUGAAAACGGCCGUUGCACUGACCGAGAUGAGUGCACACAGUUCCCAUCUGUCUGUCCCACUGAGCGACCUGUCUGCACAAACACCUACGGGAGCUUCAAGUGCCGUGCUAACAAGAGGUGCAACCAGGGAUAUGAGCCUAAUGAUGAGGGCACAGCAUGUGUAGGAGGUGACAACCUUCCGAGAUGACACCCUCAAUGAACUGAAAAAUUCCUGUUUUUAAUCCAGCCCGACACAACAACAUUGCCUCAACCAAUGGCGUGAGUUUUGGGUUGGAAUAUCUGUUUGGCCGAUCAACAGAGGACAGGGAGCGUAUUCAGAAAACUGUUUGAAAACAAUGUUUAUUUUUGCAGUUAUGUUUGGACACUAGCACCAAGUGUCGCAGAAAUUACACUUUUCAGCUUUAAGCAACGUAAGAAGUGGGGACCAGCAUCCAAAGCCAGCAAUGCUGGUCUUUUUAACAAUUAAUGAUGGCAAUGUUUAUUUGACUGAUUACAGAAUAUAGAGCCUUAUCAGAUUAAACGAUGUACUGAUACAGAUGUUUACAUCACCUCAACUCUGGGUCAUUUUACCAGAAUAUAUUAUGUGGAAAUAGCAUGCAAGUCUAUCAUAUUCAAAGAAACGAUGCCAAUGUUGAUCCAGCAUUUAGUUUUUUGGAAUGAAACGUUGUUGUUUUUUUUAAGAAUUCACUAUAA